UCCAAGGAGGAGAGCGCCUCUGGGUUGGUGGUGGGUAGGGCAGGAGGGAGGAAAGCGCACAAGGUGAAGAGUUUGUUUUCUCGGGUGGGUAGGAGGAAGAAGAAGAAGAAGGAAGAGGGGGCAAAACCGUGUGGAGAUCCAUAGGAGGACAUUCGAGACUCGCCGGCUCCUUCGACGCUCCUCCCGGACACCGUUGCAACGUCUUCCCGACGCUUUUUCCUCAACCGGUGCCGUCGAGACCAGUUGGUGCCAUUCCCGUGUGAGGGGCCGCUGAACCAACACAAUGGCCUUAGCGGGAAGCCCUGACUACUUCCUGUGUCACUCAAACUAUCAGGAGGGCAUGGACCGCGGUUCCUCUCGCAGGCCCGAGGAGCUGAUUGUUCCAGGCUUUCAGCGCUCGGCCCAUCCAAACUUGCCACAUCACCAUGAUGACGACGUGGAUCUGGAGAAGCUUGUCAACGAGAUGAACAUGGAGAGCGUUUACUCGACGACGGCCGACACGGCCCUCAUUCUCAACAACGGUCACCUGCCCCACCACAUUAUGCACGUUCCGUUCGUCAGGCACGGCCCCGCCGUCCGUCGCCACACGCCCCCCUCCGUACCCGCCAGGGAGAGGCUGCGGUACUCCCAGCCGAUGCACAUCCAGGCCGUCAGGUGCCUGCGCGAGGAGCAGAAUCUGCGCCCAGCUUCACUCCCUGCAAUUCCCAAUCCUUUCCCCGAGCUCUGCAGUCCGACCGGCUCGCCAAUUCUCAGCCCCGUCGAGGCCUCUGACCAACACAUCGUGAAGGUGUGGAGCGAGGAUGGGGCUGGCAAAGUGGUGGAGAUCCCGGCGGACAUGACGGCCAGAGACGUGUGCCAGCUCCUGGUCUACAAGAGCCACUGUGUGGACGACAACGCCUGGACGCUGGUGGAGCACCACCCCAUCCUUGGCCUUGAGAGAUGCCUGGAGGACCACGAACUGGUGGUUCAGGUUCAAGCUUCCAUGAGCAGCGACAGCAAAUUCCUCUUCAGGAAGAACUAUGCCAAAUAUGAAUUCUUCAGGAACCCCCUGAACUUUUUUCCAGAGCAGAUGGUGGCUUGGUGUCAGGAUUCUGAUGGCACAAUCCCUCAAUCACAGCUCUUACAGAACUUCCUGAAUCCAAGCAGCUGUCCGGAGAUUCAGGGCUAUCUGUACGUGAAGGAACCCGGACGCAAGUCCUGGAAGAAGCUCUACAUGUUCAUGCGACGCUCAGGCCUCUACUUCUCCACUAAAGGAUCAUCCAAGGAGCCCCGACACCUGCAGAUGUUGUCCGAUUUGGACGACAGCAACAUCUUCACCAUUUUUACCGGCAGAAAACUACACAAUGCCCCUACAGACUACCAGUUCUCCAUCAAGCCCAGUAAAACGAGGGGGGACUGUAAGGAGCUGAAAAUGUUGUGCGCUGAAGAUGAGCAGAGCAGGACCUGCUGGAUGACCGCCUUCAGACUUCUAAAGUAUGGCCUUGUCCUGUAUAAGAGCUACAGCGUCCCACAACAGAGGAAGACAAACCUCUCGCAUUUCUCCACGCCUGUGCGAAGCGUGUCAGAGAACUCCCUGGUGGCGAUGGACUUUUCGGGACGAACCGGCCGCGUCAUCGACAACCCCGUGGAGGCCCAGAGCGCCGCCCUAGAGGAGGGGCAGACAUGGAGGAAACGGAGUCAGCGUAUGAAUGUCCUGGGCAGCCCGUCGCCCCUGCACCCGUCCUCCCUGAGCACAGUCAUCCACAGGACGCAGGUUUGGUUUCACGGUCGCAUCAUGAGAGAAGAAGCCCACAAAAUGAUCAUACAACAAGGCCAAGUGGACGGGUUAUUCCUCUUGCGGGAUAGUCAAAGUAACCCCAAGGCCUUUGUGCUCACCAUGUGCCACCACCAGAAGAUCAAGCACUUCCAAAUAUUGCCGUGUGAAGAAGACAGUCAGGUGUUCUUCAGCCUGGACGACGGCGCCACCAAGUUCACCGACCUGAUCCACCUGGUGGAGUUCUAUCAGCUCAACAGAGGAGUGCUGCCCUGCAAGCUCAAACACCCGUGCACCGCCGUGGCCUUGUGACACUCCUCCACACCCCUUUCAAUUUUUUUGUUUGCACACCUCCUUAACCCCCCCACCCUCACCCCACCUCCUCCUCCAAUCACCCCCACCGAAUCCCACCUAUCCACUCUGGUGAGUCGAGUCUGGGUGAAGAAGUGAGCCGAGCUUUUUCUCCGCCUUAUUGCUUUUUGGAGGCUUGAAAGGGGCGCAGAAUGUUGCGAAUUGUGGACUCCUGCAUUGUUGCCACGGAGACCAGAACAUUUGUGACGAUGCACGGAAGCUCGUGAACUAUGGCUCUCCUUCCUUCCCCUUAAACCCAACCCCACCCUAUUUCCCCCAGGCCUGAUAAGCUGUGGCGCAGGAAGCGCCACCCUACUUCUUCUUCAUUGAUCAUCAGGGAUGGAGGGGAAUCCCUCCGGGUCUCCAGCAAAUUUUGGAUCCAGGAGGUUUUCUCAACCUGUGCAGUCCAGUCUGGAUAAGCUGACACCAUGACACCGCCCACUCCACCAAAAGACACCCCUCCUUCACCCCCCACUCCCACCUUAACCCACCCCAUGUGUGUGGCUCUACUGCUGUGUCCAGGAUCAAGUCAAGCGUGAGGAGAAGGAUCUAAACCAAGCAGAGGCUUAUCAGAAAGGACAAAGGAAUGUUUAUCAGGAAGGCCGUGACGAGCCUCUCUUUUAGACUUGAUUACUUGAUGUCAUUUUAAUGCUGUUUUAUUACUGUUGAUUCAAUGCAGAACUAGUUUGCACUCGCGAGCGAGGGGAGGGGGGGGGGGGCUACCGGUCAAUCAUCAUCAUCCUCUUUCAAUUGGGAGAAACAUGCAUGUCGAUCUCCAUCGAAGUUGAUGGGAUUUAAAAAAAAAUAAUAAUAAAUGGGGGGAGGCGAAGAGAGUCACGGCGGAUGAUGUAGUGCCGUUCCGAAAGGUUUGGGAAGAUCUCGUAGCAUCGCGGCCACACUACUGUUGUAUUGUUAAGAAUGUGAAAGAAAGUGCGACUAGGAAGAGGAGGAGGAAUGUCCGAAUUCCGCCGAGAUCAUUUGAAAUGAAAAGGGUUAUUAGUUGGCUUUGUGAAUGUCAUUUUGCUUUUAUUUCCCCCCCCCCCACCCCCACCCCCUCGAGUCUGUUCUCAGCUCGCUCGCUUGCACAUUAACAAUGAUCCUGAGGUGAGAGUAAAUGGUCGGAGACAUCUACUAACGCCUCCCGCCCUGCUCAGAAGAGACAAAUCAAAGAAAAGCACUCCCACAAUUUUUUUUUUUUUUUUUAAAAUGCGUGGAAAUGAACAAAAGAGACUUGAAGUGUGAAACUCAGCUGACUGCGCAUCAAACACACAAUCAAAUGAGCUUCACCUGCCUUAAGUGAAAACAAUGAGCCUUGUACAUACACAAUUGAAACGUGCACACACACAGCGAUGAUUAACAAACAUUUUGGGGGAAAAUAGAUGCCACUUAUAUGCUAACUUAUGGAGACCAGCUACAAGCCUGGCAUACAAAGUCCACCUAAAAUGCUCAUAUUUUUUAUUUAAUCUAUACACAAAUCAUUAGGGUUUUUUUUUUCUUGAGCUUGCUGCUGCGUACAUUUCACUAUGCUAAGCUUGCUGUCGGAUAACUUGUGGCUAAAACAUGCUCAUUCACAAAUUUCUCAAAAGACCCCCCCCCUUAAUAAAAGAUAAUUAAAAUAUGAAUAGGAAAAACUACACUUAGUUGACUUCUCGUGUCUCUCAUAGAAAGAUAUUCCAAAAAUCAUUUCCCCAGCGCUUUACUAACUACCACCUCCCCCCUCUAAAAUCCAUCUUGUACCAGAGUAGGGUUAGCACAAGGCGCGGCGCCGUGUCACUUUGCCCCCACGUGACCAGCCGGGGUGGACUCUCUCCAGGGAUUGGAUAAUGCUUGAACCCCCCUCCCCCUUCAGACCCUUGCCCUUUGCCCUCUCGCUCCCACCUGUGUCCAGCCUGUAAGCUAUGAGCCUGUGGCGAAUGAGUGCGUGUGUGUGAGUGUGUGAGUAUGGCUCGACUGUUAUUGUUAACUGCUGGUCAUCCAACUUGCCUUGUAGACACAGUACAGAAGGUCAGGAAAGUGAAGUGAUGCCUUAGAUUCACAUAUUAUUAGAAGAGGUGGGAGUUGAACCACAUCACUAGACACCAGUAGGCACUUUUUUUUUUCCCCCAACCCUCCCCGCCCACCACCUUUUUUUGUUUUCAUAUGAAAUCACUGUGUCCAACAUGAACCAGCCGUCUAGUGCAUCCUUGAUUUCCGAAUGAAUGAGUAUGUGAAGACGAUGGUGGGGAUCGAACACUGUACCUUAGGUCACAGAUCACUAUGUAUGGCCGUUAUGCUUUGCCCAUAACGCCGUGUAAAAUGAAGAAUGCUAUUUUGUCCUUAAUUCAUUUGUUGAUGAUGUGUACGUUGUGUAUUUUGCUUAUCAGUUUUAUCUUAUCACAAAAUACUACACUAUAUACAGUAUUAAAUUAAACAUGCUCAAAAUUUUAUUUUAAGACAUCAAACUGGAUUUUUUUUUUUUUCCCCCCAUGUGUACAACUCUACUAGUAUUUGGGUCACACUGAGAAAGGAAAUAAAUAGUAAAAAGGCCUAUGAUGAAAACAAUUAGAAACUUUAAAGGAAAAAAGACUUUAGAGGACUUUAGAGUUGUCAAGGUUUUCAAGUCAUGCAAAACACAAGAUAGGAAAAGCCCGACAUUCAUUUUAAUUUUUAAAGAAAUAAAAAGUCAGAAGAUUUUCAAGUAAAAAGCCGCAAAUUUUCAAGAAAUAAUAUAAUGAGAAGAAGAAGACUAGGACAAGGACCAACGUAUUUUCUACAAAAAAUAUUACAAAUAGUGGGCGCUAAACAGUCACAAAUUUCCAUUGAAAAAAAAUACUGAGAAUAGAAUUGCAACCAAAAAAAUCAGAAAUCGUUUCAGUGAGUGAAGGAUAUUUUGGGUAGCGAUGUGACCGUAAUAUAACAAAUUUCAACAUUUUUCUUUUAUUAGGUUGACUUGUAAUUCAAAUUUUGUUCUAUUUUGAGUGGCCCUGAUACUCGUACUUGAUGCUUUUUGUUUAAUGUCAUGUUCAGUGAACACUUCUCUGAAAAUGUUACAUUGGAUGUCACCGAUUCAUUAUUUUUUUUUUCCAGCAAAUGUUUGUUAAAUCACCUUUUCAUGGAUGUGUAUUCUUUGGGGUUUUUGACAUUUUGGCAGUCGGUGCAAUGUUUCAGAGUAGCUCAAAGCAGUCGGCGUUGUGGUGCCUCCAUUUUCUCAUACAAUCCAUCCACUUGUUCUUGAUUUUCUACCUAGUUGUCAUCAAGCCAAACAAGUCCAAUUGUCAACAAUGAUUUCAUAAGCUCAGUCAUCAUAAGCUCAAAUCAACAUGUCAGGGAAAGGAAAAUGGGGAAGAAGACAAAAAGUACACACCUGAAUUGUGUUUCAUGUUCUUUUUUGUUUUUGUCAUGCUUUUGCUUCAUAUUCUGUAAGUGUCUACACAGCUCCUGGAUCUACAUUGUAUCCUGUUCAGGUAUUUUUUUGUACAAAUAAGGGACUGAUAUAUUCUCUGUUUAUUGGAAAUUAGAAUAAAAUAUGACGUUGCUAUAAACCAAA